AGUGUUUAUGGUCUCCUUGACAAUGUGAUACUGUGAAAAGACAAGCUUUCGCAUAUAUCACCGGCGAAGUUUUAAGGGCAAGUUUUGAUAGUAUAAUACCUUUGGAAAAGUUGAAGCUACCAAGAGCUUUGCUGAACUUCACUUGCAGUCUGUUACAACCAUGGCAUGCACUUCAUUAUUAUCUAUACCUAGCUCUCCGGCUUCCACAAGGCCUAUAGACGUCUUUAAAGAGCAGAGUGGUCUUCGGCGAUCACGGUCCAGCAAAGACCUUUACAGACGUGCCAGCUGUAUGCGGCGGUCUUAUUCUGAUAACCAUCUUUGCUACUGCAUCAAGCCUAUUCAUGCUGCAUCAGUGCAACCAAAACUAAAGAACAGCCGGUCCAUGGGCUUAUUCCCCUUUCAGUUUUCGAGCUCCAUUCUCCCAAACUCGGUUAGAUCAUUUUUGUUCGAUGCAGACACGAGUAAGCAUAUGACCAUGGCGGAGAGGGAAAUGGAAAUGGAAAUGGUCGAUAACUCUGGUGAGACGGGUGAAGGGGAAGGAGAUCAAGAGAUAAAGAGAGCUAAUUGGGUGGAGAGGCUUGUGGAGAUCAGAAGUAAAUGGAGGAAUAGGCAGCAGAAAGAGGUUGGGGAUGAAGACAGUGGUUGCCGAGAAGUUGAAGAUGGUGAUUGUGAAUGUGGAGAGGGUGGUUGCUCAGUGGAUUAUAGUACAGAUGAAGAUGAUGGAGAGAUAACUCCCGAAUUUUUCAAAAGGUUUUCGGUCAAGGUACCAUGGUCUGAUACCAAACAAUUUUCUCAGCUAGCCUUCUUGAGCAACCUGGCAUAUGUAAUACCACUGAUCAAGGCUGAUGAUUUGAAGAGAUAUUAUGGCCUACAGUUUGUAACAUCUUCUCUAGAAAAGAAAGCAGAGGCAGAGGAAUUUAAAGAAAUACUUGAUCAGGACUCUACCCGUGUACCUGUAGUUGAUGAAGAAUCCAGUUCAGAGGCAGCUAUAGACUCUGAGAAAAAGCAUUCAUGUCAUCCAUCUGUUGCUUACGAAAUUGCAGCCUCAGCAGCAUCUUAUGUUCGCUCGCGUGACAUGGAUGGUGGUGAUGUAGAUAAUUCAUUCAUAAAUGCAGAUCAACUACAACAACGAGAUGAAGGAGGUAGCUCCCCCAGAAAUCUCAAGUCAGAGGUAGCUGCUUCCUUAACCGCAUCAACAAUGACACUCAUGGUUACAGCAGGGGAAAAGGUAAAACAAGAAACAGCGCAGGACCUUCGGUCACCCCACACUGCACCUUGUGAAUGGUUUGUUUGUGAUGACACCAGUACAUGUACUCGCUGUUUCGUGAUCCAGGGUUCAGACUCCCUUGCAUCCUGGCAGGCGAACCUCUUCUUUGAACCCACAAAGUUUGAGGAAACAAAUGUACUUGUUCACAGAGGAAUCUAUGAAGCAGCAAAGGGAAUGUACGAGCAAUUUUUGCCACAAAUAAUGGAGCACUUGAAGAGAUACGGGGAGCGUGCAAAGCUUCAGUUCACUGGCCAUUCUCUUGGAGGAAGCCUUUCUCUUCUAGUUCACUUGAUGUUACUGACCAAGAAGAUUGUCAAUCCCUCCACUCUCAGGCCAGUUGUGACAUUUGGCUCACCAUUUGUGUUUUGCGGAGGCCAGAAAAUACUAGACGAUUUGGGUGUGGAUGAGAACCAAAUCCAUUGUGUGAUGAUGCAUAGAGACAUUGUCCCAAGAGCCUUCUCCUGCAACUACCCAAACCAUGUGGCUACGCUCCUCAAGCGUUUAAGUGGUUCAUUUAGAUCACACCCUUGUCUGAUAAAAAAGAAAAUGUUGUACACUCCAAUGGGUAAACUAUUCAUUCUGCAACCUGAUGAAAACUCAUCUCCGCCACACCCCCUUCUCCCUAUGGGGAGUGCCCUCUAUGCUUUAGACAAGACUCGACAUGGGUACUCUUCAAGCGUCCUUAGGGCCUUCUUAAACAACCCGCAUCCACUAGAAACCCUAAGCGAUCCUACAGCUUAUGGUUCAGAAGGUACAAUCUUACGGGACCAUGACUCGAGCAAUUAUCUGAAGGCUGUGAAUGGUGUCCUUAGGUUACACACAAAGAAGGUUCUUCGCAGAGCUAGGAGACACAGGAGUAUCUUGUGGCCGCUACUUACUUCACCAUCUCCACACACAUGGAACCAUGAAAAUACUCUGGAGACUGGCAGAUUGGUGAAGAAGGAGAUUCUCACAGGAGUUUGAGAUUAUUUUGGGGUUCCUGUACAUGCAUGUAGAUU